UAUGAUAUAAGAUAUGUCAGAUAACAAAUACAUUAUACACAUAUUAUACAUGGUUUUCUAAAUAGUUAUAAUCCCCAGCAUAUUUACACGACAUAUCCGAUGCCACUGGGUUUUGCAAAAAUUUGGUUUUUCAAACACUAGAUUUUCCAAACAUUUCCGGUUCGUAUUUUAACUAUUCGCUGUCGUUAAAUCAUACAAAUGUUAUCUUUAGAAGCGUUGUUGCACAUGCGCAGAACCAUUUGGGUUUAUGGUCCGGACCGGGUAGUUACACCUAGUUUCUCCACGGGACAGAAUAGUGAUGCACCGGGUGUAUCUGUGAGCUAAUAGGCUAGUUGGAUGUAGCAGGCUAGCAUCAGUGUUCUUCGUCGUACGCAGAUGUAGAUCAACCGCCAUUGAAACAUUUAGCGAGGGAUACAAAUGAAACUUCUUACUUUAUUUCACUGUUGCGCUACUACUAACGGGGACGUCAUUCAUUAACCCAAUUCCUUCGCUAGCCUAUAACCCACUUAGCUGGCUCACUAGCCUCUUUAGCGCGGUACAGAGGCGCACGGUUGUCAAAGUUAGCCGUGUCUUCACUGGGUGUCUGGUUUGCCUGAUCUCGCAUUUCGGACACGUCAAGAUACCCAAGAAUUCAUAUAAUUCAGCUGUCUUGUCCACAGAGGCUGCCAUGUUGGAUUAUCAUGGUGUGACACCUACUCAUACUAAGAAACUUGUGUUGAAUCAGAGGGGGGUGUGAUGUCGGAGCCAAAGACCCCCACUCCUUCCCCAGCUGGUGAUACUUACAAAGGAUGGGUAUUCAAGUGGACAAAUUACAUCAAGGGUUAUCAGCGCCGGUGGUUUGUCCUAAGCAAUGGGCUGUUGUCAUACUACAGGACCCAGGCAGAGAUGGGUCACACAUGUCGAGGCACAAUAAACUUGGCCACGGCCACUAUCACUGUAGAUGACGCCUGCAACUUUGUCAUCUCCAAUGGCGGCACACAGACGUAUCACCUGAAGGCGAGCUGCGAGGUGGAACGUCAGCGCUGGAUCACUGCUCUGGAGCUGGCCAAAGCAAAAGCAGCACGGAUGCAAGCUGAGUCAGAUGAUUCUGGGGAUGACUUUCCACCCACAUCUGCACCUACGGUACCUGGGCAGGGUGGUGCUUCUCAGAAUUCAGAGGUGCAGUCUGCCCUCAGAACGCUUGGCAGUAAAGUGGAGGAUCUGAGCACGUGUAAUGACUUGAUCUCAAAGCACGGCACUGCCCUCCAGAGAUCCUUGUCAGAACUGGACAGUUUGCGUCUGACAGGAGAGGCAGGGGAUAAGAUCCGUCAGGUCACGGAAAGAGCUACCCUUUUCCGCAUCACCUCCAAUGCCAUGAUUAAUGCGUGCCGCGAUUUUCUGGCUCUGGCUCAGGCCCACAGUAAACGAUGGCAGAAGGCCCUGCAAGCAGAACGUGAUCAGAGAGUGCGACUGGAGGAGACGUUAGAGCAACUCGCCAAACAGCACAAUCACCUGGAAAGGGCAUUCAGAGGGGCUGCACAGGCUAAUGCCACAGCAGACAAUAAAAGUACGGCUGGGUCACGCAAGGGUGAGGCGAGCGAUGAGGACGAUGACAAUGAGUUCUUUGAUGCUAUGGAGGAGGCGCCUGAGUUCAUCACAGUCCCUGCAGACCCACAGUUUCACAAGCGCUCUAGCAGUAACAUCAGUGGAUUCAACAGUGAAAUAUGUCCUGAUGACCAGUCGCUCAAUGACGAGCCCCUCGCCAUGAACCAAGAGUCGCCCUCUCAGGAGCUGGUGCCAUUGAAAAAGAGGAGAACACGAAUCCCAGACAAACCCAACUACUCCCUCAACCUAUGGAGUAUCAUGAAGAACUGCAUCGGCAAAGAGCUGUCCAAGAUUCCCAUGCCUGUCAACUUCAAUGAGCCAAUAUCGAUGCUUCAACGGUUGUCAGAGGAUCUGGAAUAUCAUGAGCUGCUGGAUAAGGCGGCCAAGUGUCACAAUUCCCUGGAGCAGUUGUGCUACGUGGCUGCCUUCUCCGUGUCGUCCUACUCUACCACCGUCUACCGCACGGGCAAGCCCUUCAAUCCUUUGCUGGGAGAGACGUAUGAGCUGGACCGCCUGAGAGAGAGCGGCUACCGCUCUCUAUGUGAGCAGGUGAGUCACCACCCUCCUGCUGCAGCGCAUCAUGUGAUUUCUGAUCGUGGUUGGACGCUGAGGCAGGAAAUUACCGUUGCCAGCAAAUUCAGGGGCAAAUAUCUCUCUAUUAUGCCCUUAGGAACAAUUCAUGCCAUCUUUGAAAAGGGCGAACAUCACUACACAUGGAAAAAAGUGACCACCACAGUACACAACAUCAUUGUUGGCAAAUUGUGGAUUGAUCAGUCUGGAGAGAUUGAUGUCGUCAACCACACCACAGGAGACCGCUGCCACCUGAAGUUUGCACCGUAUAGCUACUUCUCCAGAGAUGUGGCCAGGAAGGUGACCGGAGUAGUGAUGGACAAAACCGGCAAGGCUCACUAUGUGCUGUCGGGCACGUGGGACGAGAAGAUGGAGUUCUCCAGGGUGAUGCAGAGCAGCCGCGGCGGGGAGAAUGGAACCGAGGGCAAACAGAAGACAGUCUACCAGACACUGAAGGCAAGGGAAGUGUGGAGAAGGAAUCCUCUCCCCGACGGAGCAGAGACCAUGUACUACUUCACUGCAUUGGCCCUUACCCUCAAUGAGACAGAGGAGGGCGUGUCCCCCACCGACAGCCGUCGUAGGCCUGACCAGCGUCUGAUGGAGGAUGGCCGCUGGGAUGAGGCAAAUGCUGAGAAACAGCGGCUAGAGGAGAAGCAGCGCAGCGUGCGUAGAGAAAGAGAAAGGGAGGCGGCCAGCCAACGCACUUCCAGCCAAUCAGAAGAAGCUGUCGAUGAGGAUUCUGACCUCUCCUUAAAAAGCGCUCAUCACGACAACUAUGAGGCUCGUUGGUUCAGCAAAUGCGAAGACCAGAUCACAGGUGAGCAAGUUCAUUUGUAUAAGGGAGGAUACUGGGAAACCAAGGACCGUGGGAACUGGGAGGACUGCCCCGACAUUUUUUGACCUCAGAGUUGAACACAAAAUCUCCGAAGACACUAACCCUUCAAAGCUGCCUGGGGGGGCAGGGGGCGUGACUACAAAGGCCCUGCCUGCCCUUCACCACAGACGUCUGCUUCCUUCCACUGUCUCUCUGUUCUAAGAGAUCUUCAGUGAUGUCACUUCUGUCUCAGCCAGAGGGAGCAGGGUUUCCUCUGGCCUCUUGUCUUAGACUCUUCUCCCUGUGUUGCUGUCGUACAUCUGAGAAUAUUCCAUUGCUGCUGUGACCUUGGUGGUGUGGUGUUGGAGACAAAAGGGGAAGGGAAAAAAAAACAACCUCUGGGUCAUGCUUCCAAAUCUGCUCAAAUGAGUUCAGGGCAGAAGCCUCUAAGAUACUGAAAUGUCCCUGUCGUCAUCCUCAAUAUUAUGGGCGUUGUUAAUAACUCUAAAAAAGGGGGUUAAGACCUGGAUAAUAUAUAGAUAGAUAGAUAGAUAUCUAUCUAUCUAUCUAUCUAUCUAUCUAUCUAUCUAUAUAUAUAUGUAUAUAUAUACAUAUAUAUAUAUAUACAUAUAUAAAUAUGAUUUAAAUAUUUGAGUCAUGUAAAAACUGGUGGCCUUGUAAACAUUGGUGAGGAUUCUUUGUUCAUUUCUCUGGUUUAGUGUCUUAACGAAGCAAAGUUGAGGUUUAAGUGUGCUCGUGUGUAUGACUGUGUAUCUGCUCUUCCGUCAUGUCACACUCCUGCCAAGCUGCAGGUGAAUAAAUGAAUUAAAACAUGAAAAGAUGUGAUCAAUCUGAAGAUGAGUUUAUCCUCCACACUGUUGUGUAUCUUUUUUAUUAUUGAGGUCUGAAGGAAUUUAUUGUGGUAAACAUGUGGCUCCAGGAUCUAAACACACUUUCUCUACUUAAUGUAGAACGCUGCAAUUACAGGAGAUUCUCAUGUUGGUUGCUGGUUUUUUUUUCUUGUUUUGUUUUUUUAAUACACAUCCAUUAAUGAAGUACUUGGGUGGAGGACAGGCUAUGAAGCUUGAAGCUCAGUAGUUUUAAUCAAGGUAAUGAAAUUAAAUUACAGUACUGAAAUGUUUUUUUGUUGUUGCAAAUUCUACAUGGUGACAGUAUUUUAAAAAAGGUUGGAUACUUGCUGUGAUAAUUUUUUAAAAAUAAUGUUUUGGUGACAGUAUCAAAUGAGCAAGAACACAAUGUUGAAGCAGUGGUGAUGGUGGACGUCACCUGGUGUGCUGACAAACUCGUGCAUAUGCAAGUACAUUUUAACACCAAAAAAAUGGGAUAGUAAUGUGUGUGCAUUGCAUGACUUUGUAAGUGCACUCAGAUAUGAAGAAUAAAAAAACUAUGAUUUUAUGAAUGUAUAGAAUUUCCCAUUAUGACAUUAACAACGUAGUAAUUCUUUCUAUUGUCAUAUUGUCUCCUUGCACAUUGUUGGUAGAGAACUGUCUUCAUUUCUGAUAUUAAAAAAAGGGAGAUUCCAUUCUGGACACAGAUAGAGCGUUGGUCACUAUUUUGUAUGAAAGAAAAACUAUCCAAUAAACAAAUACUGUGAUGUUAA